AUGGCAGCGUUCUCCAAAGAAAACCAUGAGGAAGAAGGCCUGCUUGGAGAGAUCCAAGAACAAGCCCAGAAGCAGCAAGGCCAGAAAUCGUCCCACAAGUGGCGUACAGUGACCCUCGUGUCCCUGCUGGGUGCUUUCGCCCUGUUUGUGUACUUCGUGAGAGGAUCCCAGUGCAACCCCCCCUCGCAUGCCAGAAUCCGGCCUGAUCUACCUGUGGCUUCCCCCAUUGACAAGUCGAAGAGAUCAUCGCAUCACGACCAUGCCUGCAAUACUGUCGACGGCGGUUAUCAAUGCAACUCUAAGCUCUCACACAAGUGGGGCCAGUAUGCGCCUUAUUUCUCUCUUUCCGACGAGUCGGACAUCUCAGAUAAGGUACCUCACGAUUGCCAGAUCACCUUUGCUCAGGUGAUCUCCCGUCAUGGUGCUCGAUUCCCAUCGGCGAAAAAGAGCAAGGCGUAUGCCAAGCUCGUUAAAAGCAUUCAAGCGAACGCGACUGAAUUCAAGGGCAACACGAAAUUCAUCCGCUCAUACAACUACACCAUGGGCGGUGAUGACUUGGUACCUUUUGGAGAGAACCAGAUGGUGAACUCGGGCACCAAGUUUUACCAGCGCUAUGAGGCGUUGGCCAAGAAGGCCGUGCCCUUCAUUCGCUCAUCUGACUCGGCGCGAGUCGUGGCUUCCGGAGUGAACUUUAUCAAGGGUUUCCAGCAAGCAAAGUCCAAUGACAAACAUGCCAAUCACCGUCAACCAAGCCCCAAGACCAACGUCAUCAUCUCCGAAGAGUCUGGCGCCAACAACACUCUGAACCACAGCGAUAUCUGCCCCAAGUUCGAAGAAAGUAAGCUCGGCGACGAGGCGGAAGAAGAAUACAUGGCAGUCUUUGUGCCUCCCAUCAAAGCCCGUCUCGAGGCCAAUCUCCCCGGCAUUGAACUCGAGAUCAUCGAUGUUAUCAAUCUGAUGGACAUUUGUCCCUUCGAUACAGUAUCCAUGACUGCCGAUGGAUCCAAGCUAUCUCCAUUCUGCAACCUCUUCACCCAAACCGAAUGGAACCAAUACGAUUAUCUCCAGUCACUGAGCAAGUACUACGGCUAUGGCGCAGGCACCCCACUUGGCCCCACCCAGGGUGUCGGUUUCGUGAACGAACUCAUCGCCCGUCUCACCCACACCCCAGUGGUGGACAACACAAGCACAAACCGCACGCUCGAUGCCCCCGGCGCUGCGACAUUCCCCCUCAACUAUACCAUGUACGCAGACUUCACGCACGACAAUGGAAUGAUUCCGUUCUUCUUUGCCCUGGGACUGUACAACGGCACCGCUCCUCUUUCGACUACCCAGGCCCAGUCUACUAGCGAAACAGACGGCUUCUCAGCUGCCUGGACGGUGCCUUUCGGUGCUCGUGCUUAUGUCGAGAUGAUGCAAUGUCGUCGCGACCCGGAGCCGCUUGUGCGAGUCCUCGUUAACGACCGUGUUGUUCCGCUGCACGGUUGCCCGACCGAUAAACUUGGCCGUUGUCGCCGUCGCGAUUUCGUCAAGGGGCUUUCCUUUGCACGCUCCGGCGGUGACUGGCCCCAGUGCUACGCAUAG